AUGGCUGGCGACACAAUUACCAAAACUUCAAACAUCAGCUUUGGGAGCACGGCAUACCCAAUCCUUCCGGCAUCAAACUGCAUCCAAUGGGUUAUUAUAGGAAUCAUUGAAUGCCUGGCUAUUGUCAUCCUCAACUUGAUCACUGUCGUCCUAUUUGUAAAACAGCACCAGCUACAGCGCCGGAGUAGAUACUUGAUUAUCCACUUGGCGAUAAUCGAUCUCUUAGUUGGAGGAGCCUCUGGUCCUCUUUUCAUCAUAAAUGGAAUGUCCAACCCUUGUUUCCACUGGGAGUUGUCUGAAGCUUUCAUUUUUAUUGUGUCUAUAUUCCCAGUGGCCUCCCUUGUCAAUCUCGCCGCUAUUUCUCUUGAUCGAUUUUAUGCAACAUUUUUUCCAUUCAAGCAUCGAUCAAUCAAGAAAUGGGUCAAUGGAGCUUUCAUCGCUGCUAUUUGGCUGAUAGCUUCAUUGGGGGAAACAUUCCAACUGGUUUUGAUUUUAUAUCUGAAAGUAGAUAGACGCAUUCGAGGAAUUGUAACCUGCACAUUUAAUGCAUUUUUUCUUUUUGUUAUUUGUGUUUCGUAUACAGCAGUCUUAAUCAAAGUCCGACUCAGCCCCAGUCGUCACCACCGAGGUGCAACAAACAGAGAACGGAAACUGACCACAACCUUAAUCUGGGUCACAUUUGCAUCUUUAUUGUCUUGGUUACCAUUUAAUGUUUUCGCGAUAUUGUCGAGUUUUAAUAAAGCAAUUUCAACCUGGCUUUGGGCAGACAACGCAGCUGUGACACUUGUCGGUGCUAAUUCUUUAGCAAAUCCAAUUGUUUACGCCAUAAGGAUGCCAGAAUUCAGAGCUGGUGUUAGAAACAUAUUAUGUAAGGUGCCUAACCGUACACGCCCCGUAGCUUUACCACUUUAG